AUGACAGGAUCAAACUUCCAGGAUGCACUGAUUGUAUUUGAUCCAGCACUUGGUCCACAUGUUUCUCAGCAAGCACAGGUGGCUUUUGCGCAGUACUAUUCGCGACACAUCAAUCUACGAUCAGGAUUUCAGCAUGAUCAGUGGGAACCCAUGAUGAUUCCUGGAAUCGAUUGGUGCCGCCGUCGCGAAGGAGCAGCUCAUCCAGUUCUGCUCAGCGAUCGGCAAGUGGUUCAGCUGAGAGCUGCUUCGUCGCUACAAGCCGGUGAAGAGAUUUUUGUGCAUGCGGUGCAAGACAGCACGGAUUUGUUGCUGCAAGGGGACAGCAAGGGUCCUUCAAUUUCUGCUGGUCAAUUCUUGGCUGUGCCGAUUGAGGGCGAGAACAGAGAGUCAAAGCGCCUGCUCUUCAAGCAGCUUGGAUGGCCUGCAGAAGUGCGGCUGCGAGAUGAUGUGCAGGAUCUGAAGGUUCUCCGCUUGGCUUCCAUGCCCAGUGAGGAGUUCACAGCAUGGUCCGUGGGAGCACUCAUCGCCAACGCGCCGCUCGCCGUGUCUCGCGGCUUCCGCACGGAGGCGCAGGCCACAGCCUUCCUCUACCGGCAAUGCUGCCACCAUGGAAAUUCAGUCAGGACAAACUCGCUUUCUGACCCUCAGCAUCCUCGAGCCACAGUUGCAACAAGGUAUCGCCAGGUGCUGCUGGAGGUGUACGGCAAGUGCUGCUCUCGCGCUCGACAAAAAAUGGACCGAUUGCUUUCGUGGGCGUCCAAGCAGCACGAGUGGAUGUUCCGGUACAUAGCGGAGGUUGUGCAAUCAUGCGAUGACCGGGACACAACGACUUCAGAGGAGAGCCCUCGUGGCUCGCUCACACUUCCAGUCUUGUCGGACUCACGCCAACAGUUGAGUGCCGCCAUGACCGUCGCAGUGGUGAACUCCAAGGUGCAAGCCUUUGCGCCAUACUUCCAGCAGCUUUUGCAGGCCAGCUUGGACAAGACUGGGCGCCUGAAGCGCAUCCGGAGGCUGGCACUGGCGAUGGCACGCCUACAAGAUGCCAACAUCGAUUUGUCCGACUUUGAAUGGAUCAAUCGGCUGCCAGGCGAGGCAGAUGCCGUUGGGACUCUCAAGUGCGCAUGGAAUUCAGAGCUGAGAGGUUUCGUGCCUCCAGGUGGCCAAGGCUUGCCACAGGUCAUCAAUGGCAACUACCAGUCAUCGCUGCUGAUGCGGUUUUGUGAGAGCAAGUUCGACGCGAAUUUCGUUCUCACAAUAGGCGUUGACUUCAAAUGGAAGCAAGUGGAGCGGGAUGCGCGGAAACUCAAAAUCCAGGUCUGGGACACUGCUGGACAGGAGCGGUUCCGAACCAUCACGCCUGCAUACUACAGAGCGGCCAUGGGUGUUGUGAUUUGUUACGACAUCACGGACAAGGCCUCGUUCGAGCACAUUGACUACUGGCUGCAGCAGUUGGACCAGCAUGGAGAUGAGGGAGUGCAGAGGGUCCUGGUGGGCAACAAGUCCGACUUGAAUGAGAAUCGGAAAGUCACCAGAGAAGAAGGAGAGAAGCUGGCAACGCAGUACAAUAUGAAGUUUUUUGAGACCUCUGCGAAGACAGGGCAGGAGGUCGACGAGGCUUUUCUCUCGAUCGCUGAUGAUGUCGUGAAACAAAGAUAUUCCGACGUCCAGCCCAAUGCCGCCCAAGUGAAGUUGAAGAAGCCUGGGAAAUCAAAGGGCUGCCAGUGCUGA